AUGCACGCCUGGCAGACUAUCUUAGCCGUAGCCCUAGGCUGCCACCUGGCAAGUGCCGCCGAGUGGAGGAUACAAGCAGCCCCGAUCAUCACCGGAGCUCUCAUUCCUCGACAGCAGCAAACAUGCCCCGAAGCAACAGAAACAAUGUGCAGAGAUGGGUCAGGGGGAUGCUGCCCAUCUGGCUUGGCUUGCACAUUCAUCUCAGGCAAACCUAGGUGCGAAGGUGGCUGUAAUGGCGGUCCUACUUGUCUCGAUGGAGGCUGCUGUGACAUUGGAUAUGACUGCCCUACAAUCGGCGGCAGCUUUUGCCGCCAAGCAACCGACUUCGUCGUCUCUGCGCCUACUGCAACUUUCGCGAUCACUUCUUCCUUGGAUUCGGCUCCAACUGAGACUACCGAAUCUCGCACUACUGGGGGUUCUUCGGAGCCUACGAGUACUUCUCGCUCUACAAGUAUCUCUGAGUCUUCCAGUGCCUCAGAGCCUUCCAGCACGUCGGAGCCGACUGCUACGACCACGUCGAGCUCCAGCAGUGUGGCUUCGUCGUCUAGCCCGGGAGGAGAUACAUCAGAUACUGCGUCUGAAUCAUCUGAACCAUCUAAAUCCUCUCUCACUCCAUCCGCGACCGAAUCAUCCACAGGCAACGAGACUAACGUCGCAGGAACACCAGAACCGGCCCCCGGUAUGGCUGGGUCGUUGUCGGUCAGUUGGGACUCAUGGAUGGCGCUGGCUGUUAUGGUGCCUUUCAUUUUGUAA